AUGGUAGGAAGAAACAACAAUAACAAUGAUCUGAAUAAGGUAGUAAGGCAAUUAGCUACUGUAGCUCAACAGUUAGCUGAAAGGAAUAACAAUAACAAUCCUGACCCUACUAAGGAGUUGUUUAAGAAGAUAGCCCAAAUAGCAUGUCCUAAUGAGUCCAAAGUGAGUAGUGUAGCUUAUUACUUAAGGGGUGAAGCAGAUCUGUGGUGGCAGCAGAAUGAACAAGCUGUGAGAGCAUUACCUAAAUUUGGAUGGAAUGUGUUCAAGGAGCAAGUGAGGGAUAAGUUCUACCCUAUAUUCUUGCAAAAGCAGAAAGCUGAUGAGUUCCUGGAACUUAAGAUGGGGAGUAUGUCGGUGACUAAGUAUUACACUAAGUUUGUCGAGCUAUCUAGGUUUGCUGAAGAUACUGUGGCUACUGAUAGGCAGAAAGCUAGAAGGGAAGCGCAUUUACAUGCGUUGGAGUUGAAGGAGAAAUCUGAAAAGACUGAGUUGGAAGCUAGGGAGAAAAGAAAGGAGCCUAUGACUAGUUUUGGACCAUCUGGGAACCAGAAUAAUUUUAAGAAGCAAAAGUUUAACAACCACCAAGGUAAUAACUUCAAGAACAAUAGGAACAACCAAGGUGGGCGCAAUUUUCCUAAGGGAAAUAGGAACCAGCCUCGGCUUCGUAACCAGAGGAUAUAUUACUGUAAGAGAUGUUCCAACAACCACCCAGGGAAAGAUUGUGAGGGUACCUUAGUCACUUGUAACCAGUGCAACAAGCAAGGGCACAGGGCAUAUGAGUGUUUAUCUAAGAAUAAAGGGGGUCAAGGAAACAACCAAUUUAAGGGUAGUGGACAGAAUUGGAAUCAGCAAAAAGGAGGUCAGGGUAGCAAUGGGAAUCAAGUGAACAAGGGGGCGCAGUUUCAGAAUGGAAAUGAGAAUACAAUAGUGGUAACACACAAGGAAAGGGUGGAACACGAGGAAAGCUUAAUUGCAACAUAUUCUUUCAUUUCUAAAGCUAUGCUUCCAAAACUAUCGCAUUGUCUGAAAACUGUAGAUGACAUAGAUACCCCUUUAGAAAUUCCAACUGGGGGUGUAGUCCAUUACACUAGGGUUUAUAAGGAUGUUCCAAUAAAGAUUAAAGAAGAUCCACUGAAAACGGCUCAGGGAGAGCUCGUAACCCAUUGGAGGAAUGGAAAACCUAGGCUUACUAAGAUCAUUUCUGUGAUGAAGUUGGCAAAAUAUAUGAAGAAGAGAAACCCAAUCUAUUUCUGUAGUGUGAGAAACUUGGAGUAUGAGGAACCAUCUAAACCAAAGGAUAUUGAAGUAGUAAAGGAGUUUCUAAAUGUGUUUCCAGAAGAGAUUUUGAGUAUGCCUCCAAUAAGAACCAUAGACUUAAUACUUGGUACAUAA